AUGCUGCUGUGGCUGCUGAUGCCGCUCUUCCUGCUGCACCUGCUGCACAAGGCGCUGCUCUUCGCCUGCAUCCCCCUGCGCACCGAGCCGCACCUGCUGCCGCCGCGCUACCACGUGGUGCAGGUGGCGCUGCUGUUCGUGCUGGGCUCCAUCUCCUGGCUCUUCGCCGCCUCCACCUUCCUCUUCACCUGCGUGCUCUUCUCCAAGGCCUGCUCCCUGCAGGAGCUGAAGAUGCAGGGGUACAGGGACGUGGUGCAGCGGUGCAGCGACCCUGCCUUCUGCUUCUUCGAGUACACACGCAUCUCCGCAGGGCUGGCGGGUAUCAGCCGCCGCUUCCGCCUCUUCCUGCUGCUCGCCUUCGCCAUCACGCUGCUGGGUGCGCUGGCGUCCAUGUUCCACAUGGUGCAGUACCGCGAUGGGCCCACGCCCCUCUCCUUCCUCAACUCCGGCCACCUCAUUGUGGCGAAUGUGGUGGCGCUGGUGGGCACGGGCAUGUGUCUGCGCUGUGCCUCCAAGCUCGCCCACCUGCACCGCCGCAUCGUGCGAGUCGCCGCCGCCAUGCACGCCCAGCACACCUUCGACUCCGCGCCCCUCCUCCCCCCCACUCCCUCCCUCUCCUUCCCUCCUGCAUUUCCUCCACCAUCCACUCACACCGCCGCUGCUGCUCUCCUGCAGCCUACAGCCACCGCUCUCUCGCCCUUCGCCCCCAUAUCAAUCCCCCCUCGCCACAGCUCCCAACCUUCCCUGCCCGCCGCCCACCCCUCGUUUGACCCCACCACUGCUCCGUGUGGCUCACUGAACCCCUGUUACGCGCACCACGUGGGCAGCACGCAGAAGCAGCACCAUGGCCUGCCCAGGACCCUGCAUCCCGUGCACUUCCUUGCUCAAUGCUCUGCCAUCAUCUCAUGCAUCGCAUUUGUCAUCCCAUCUGCUGUGUAUGCUCUGCCACUGACCCUAUGUUCUCUCCCUUACGUCCGCAUCGACCCCUUCUGCUGUCCCUUCUCGCGCCCUCUGCUUCCAACAGUCAACUUCCUGUCCAGCUCAGCAGUGGGAAUAUCUGUGUACGGGUUUGUACUCGAUAGAGUCUUCAUCCAUACAAGCGUGGGAGCAUUGCUCACCACGACGUGGUUCAUCCUUGGGCAAUCUCUCAGUGCCUCCUUCAAGCCACGUUGA